UGGAAAAGCACAGGCAUUUGGUAUCCUGGAUAUCGAAGGAGAUCUUGCUCUUACAGAUUUCCUGAAUGCUGUUUCUCAUAGGAUCGCUCCUGAAUGGGCCUGAUCAAUGAGGCAGCAUAUUCUUAUAGAAUCAGCCCUUGGCAGGGCUAAUCUUAAGAUGGGAGAUCUUGCCCGUAUCUUUACACUACUUCUUCAAGAACAAGCAAUAACCUCAAACGUAGGGAAAGGUGCCCUAGUCAACGCAACGUUCAGCGGAUCGUCAGAUCAGCAGGAAACUUACAGAGGCCAAUCUAGAAGAAAUACAGAUAAGAAGAAGAAGAAGUGCCCAUGCAAGCCUAACGGAUUACACUUCUGGGACCCUAUAGCCUGCAAUCGGCUAUACACAGCAAUCACUGGAUCAACAUCAGAAAAGGCUCUAAGGACUGCACUAUCUAACUUUAAUAAGCAGAAGAUUAAGGAAAGAUACAACAGUCAUGCUUGGGCAAGCCUACGCAACAUGAUCAGUGACUCAGGAUGGAAGGUCUCAGGAUUGACGACACCCUCCGGAUUGUCCGGAACUUCCGGAUGAUCUGCAGAAGGACCAAAAUCGGCCAAAUUCCCCGGAGCAAUCUCCGCAGCCGUGAUCGACCCUACUCAACUCCAGAUACAGGAUGGCGGU